AUGGCUGCAUCGCCGUUAGACUCUGAAAAGCCGUCGACCGAUAUUCAGCCCUCUUCGAGUGGCACGGUUGCCAUCUCAAGACCAGAGGAAGAUGGUCCACAAGACGGAAACCUGGACGAAGGCCCUAAGCCUUCUGACGAGCAUAUGCAUGGUAUACGUCUAGCUGCAACAGCCGUUUCCCUCCUGCUAGGCAUGUUUUUGGUGGCGCUCGACAACACUAUCCUCAGUACUGCCAUCCCCAAAAUCACGGAUGAGUUCAACGACUUGAACAAGAUAUCAUGGUACGGAGCGUCAUAUUUCAUGACCUUUGGUGGUGGAUUCCAAUCAACAUGGGGUAAACUCUACAAGUACUUCCCGAUCAAGCUCUGGUUUCUCAUUGCAGUAUUCAUCUUCGAGAUUGGAAGUCUCAUCUGCGGUGUGGCUCCGGGACCAACCACCUUGAUCGUUGGUCGAGCAAUUGCAGGUCUCGGUGGAGCCGGCAUCGGCGUGGGAGUCUUUACCAUUCUCGGGUUUGUUGCAGCUCCAGAAACCCGCCCACAGCUUCUAGGAUAUACAGGAGCCACAUAUGGGGUUGCGGCCGUGUUGGGACCACUGAUCGGUGGCGCUUUCACCGACCAAGUGACGUGGCGCUGGUGCUUUUACAUCAAUUUACCCAUAGGUGGCGUCGCCGCCGUGAUCGUUUUCAUCUUCUUCAAGACCCCAGACAAGGCCAAACCCGCCAAGGCCACAAUGAAGGAGAAGUUGUUGCAGCUGGAUCUGGUCGGCGCCUCGCUCAUGAUGUGCCUGAUCGUCUCCUAUAUCCUGGCGUUGCAAUAUGGUGGCCAAACACAUCCUUGGGACAGCAGCGUCGUCAUCGGGCUGCUUGUCGGUUUCGUCGCUAUCUCGGCGGUUUUCGUGGCGUGGGAGAUACUUCAAAAGGAGCGGGCCAUGAUCGUGGCAAGGCUGUUUACCAAACGUUAUGUCAUGGUAGGCUCAAUCUUCAUGUUCUUCUUUGGCGGCGCAUACUUCACGAUACUUUACUUCCUCCCCAUCUAUUUCCAGAGUGUCUUCAACAACAGUCCGAUCGGCUCUGGAGUCAAGAUGCUGGCGCUUAUCAUUCCCUUGACGAUCGCCGCCAUUGUGCAGGGUAUUGCACUGAUCAAAAUCGGCAUCGUCCCGUUGUUCUGGCUCAUCGGUGGCACUCUGGGCACCGUUGGCUGCGGACUGUUCUAUACCAUGGACGCCAACACCUCGACCGGGAAGUGGAUCGGCUACCAGAUCAUUGUAGGCUUCACCAGUGGCUGGACGUUCCAGGUCGCCCUGUCCAAUGCUCAGAUCCAUGCGAGCCCUGAAGAUAUGUCGCAAGUGUCAGCCAUCGUCAACUUCUUUGUGACGAUCGGGGGGUCUUUCUUCAUCUCGGCCGCACAAUCAGCCUUCAACAAUCAAUUGAUACGCACACUCGCAACCACUCUCCCCGACAUCGACCCUGCAUCGGUGCUUACAAUCGGAGCGACUCAGAUCCGUCAUGCCUUUACUCCCACCCAAGUUCCGGCGGUCAUCGACGCGUAUAUGACUGGCUUGAAAGCUGUUUUUGCCAUCACGAUUGCCGCGUAUGGAACGUCCACUAUUGUUGGCGUCUUCGGCAGCUGGAAGAAGAUUGACAUGGCAGACCUAAAAAAGGCUGCAGGGGGCGCGGCAUGA